AUGCAUAAAAUAAUCCUUUUGUUAUUCUUAAUUCAUAAAAUAUUGUCUGCCUCAUUAACUCUUAUUGAAUCAUCAUCAUCAAUUGACAGCGAUAGGAAUCAAUUGACUGAGAGUGAAUAUGAAACACCGUUAACUGCAUCCGUUUCUCAAACAUCGACACAAAAGUAUAAAACAAUGGUAUUACUAAAUUCCGAAGAAGGUUUUAAAAUACCAACAGUGGAUGCCAAUUUAAAACUAAAUCAUACAACAAUGUUAAGUCCUAUACCAGACGUCUUUUUAACAACAGCAACAACACCUGUCGAACAAUCAAAACCAGCAGUUAAUAGUCACCAAACAACAAUAUUUUCAUUCAGGAAUGAACGUGAGACACCAGUGUCUGAGAGGCAAAUCAAUGAACAGUCAGAAACAAUGAAUUACAAAACCAAUCAAUCGAUUGAAACAUCAACAAUCGAUACUAAUGAUAUUAUUUCAAGUUCAACUACAACAAUAUUACGAAUUGUAUCUAAAAAUGAAACAGCUCAAUCAAAUGAUGAUACUACAGCACAAAAAUCAAUUGUUUAUUUACCUGUUAUUGAUGAUGAACGUGAACAACAAGUACAAAGUCAGAAUAUGUCUGUAUUAAAAUCAAAUAAUGAUUAUGAUUAUAUUCGAAAAAUAGCUUUGCCUACGGAUAGUACUAUGAAAUUAGAAGAAUCCGAUAAAAUUCAACAAUAUCAACAUCAUCACGAUGUGCCACAAUCAAAUUUAACGCAGGGUUUGGCUAUUAUGUUUCUUAUUCUUGCUGGAUUAUUAACUUCUAUAUGUGUCCUAGUGUGUAUAAUAACACCCAUUUUAUGGCGUCGUCAUCCAGUCAAGCGUCGUAGUCGAAUUCAUGAAAUGGAGGCACAUUUAGAAAAACCCAUUAUUAUCAACAAUUUAAUUCCAAUUACAAAAUCCAAUAUCAGAGAACAUGUAGUUCCACCGCCAACAAAAGAAAUUUACUAA